UAUUAAUCGACGACAAACCCAUCGCAUUUCUUAGACUGUUCCUCCGUCGCCACAUCGACAUCUAAACGGAGCACUCGCCGGAGCACGCGGCGGGCGGCCGGCCGACCGAAUAUCAGCGCGCGUGCGGAUAUCGACUGCGGAGGUUUUCGUCUGAGGCGCAGUCCGGCUGAUAUCGGUGUUCGCAUAGUUGACGAUGGCGGAGCUGGUGGCGGAAGAAGUGUACGCGCCGCGGACGAUACAGGUGUGGAGAACUCUUCUGAACUGGCUGGCGUUCUUUUCUCAGAUCUUCGCUCAGAUCCUGCGCGGCACACCUUCGGUUAGUGAGGUCCUGUCUUACUUCGGCUGGCGCGAUGGCUCGUUGCUCUCUUCUGCAUCGCCGGAGUUUAAGCCUCUGACGGUGGUUGAGCUCCCCGAUUUUGUCGAAGAGACGGAGGAGGCACCGCGUUCCGGUGCUAUUCCUGUUACCGGUGGCGGAAUCGAUGGAAUUGACGGUGCUUCUUCUCUGGAGAAGCUGACGGUGGUUCUCGAUUUGGAUGAAACUUUGGUAUGUGCCUACGAGACAUCAACUUUGCCAGCAAUGCUACGUGCCCAAGCCACAGAAGCCGGUUUAGAAUGGUUCGAACUUGAGUGCAUUUCUUCUGAGGGAAUCGAAGGCAAAUCUAAGAUCAGUCACGUGACAGUGUUUGAACGUCCCGGGCUACAUGGUUUUCUAAGCCAACUUAGCGAAUUUGCUGAUCUUGUGUUAUUUACUGCCGGACUUGAAGGCUAUGCUAGUCCACUUGUUGAUCGAAUAGAUGUCGAGAAAAGAAUCAAUCGUAGGCUCUAUCGACAAUCUACCAUUAGCACGCAAUACCGCGAUCAUGUGAAGGAUUUAUCGUCCUUAUCCAAGAACUUAUCCCGGAUCGUCAUUGUCGACAACAACCCAUUCAGUUUCUUGCUGCAGCCAUUAAAUGGCAUUCCAUGCGUACCCUUCUCCGCCGGACAACCCCACGACAAGCAGCUUCUGGAAGUCAUUCUUCCAUUGCUUAAGCAACUUUCUCUGCAGAGCGACGUCCGGACUUUACUCUACGACAAGUUCCAUAUGCCCGAAUGGUUUCAAAAGCACGGAAUCACUACUCCGGGCUGGCCAAGCUGAGGAUACGAUCGUCGUCGUUCCAUUACUGGUUUCGGAAAAUAUACACUUUAGAGGUAAAUUAUUCUCUUCCAAGCUGUAAAUUUUUGGUAAAUUUGAUUGAAAAUUACUGUGAUUAUUAUGUAACUCUGUUGAUAGGUUUCUCUGCAUCUCCCAUUGUUGUUGUUGUAUAUAUUGGUGAAUAUUGUUGUGAUUUUUUGUACCAUACGUGUUCUUGAUUUUAGAAAAUAUGUGUAGUUAUGUGA